AUGUCGUCUCUCAUCUCGUACGAACCUUACGUCGAUGAAUGUGCAGACCUCUUCGUCCAACGUCUAUCAGAGAUUUCCCAAACGGGAUUGCCUCUGGAUAUGGGCCAUUGGCUUCAGUGCUAUGCAUUUGACGUUAUCGGACUUAUUACAUAUGGUAAACGGCUAGGCUUCCUCGACAGCGGUAAGGACAUUGGUGGCGUCAUGGAAGCGCUUGAAGCAUUUCUUUCCUAUGCUGCACCUGUAGGUAUAUACAGCAAACUGCAUCCUUUUCUUUUCUCCAUGAAGAAUUAUUUUGCUGGGUCGAGUGGUACAGGUCGCGCAUAUGUCAUUUCCUUUACGCGCAGCCGAGUGGCUGAGAGCAUGAAAACCCCUACGGCGGUCCCGGCAGAGAAGAAAACUACUUCUGCAGAACCUUUUCUUCUCAAAUUCCUCGAGAAGCAUGAGCAGAGUCCUGACAACUUUACGUCCACUAAUGUCACCAUGGGAUGCGUUGCCAAUAUGGUUGCUGGCUCUGACACAACUGGCAUUACGCUGUCUGCCAUCCUGUAUUAUCUGCUCAAACAUCCUCCCUGCCUCGCUGCACUGCAGCAAGAGAUCGAUCACUACUAUAUCGAGGGCAAACUGUCUGAGAAACCGACGUUCCAAGAGACUCAGCAGAUGCCGUACUUGCAAGCGGUCAUCAAGGAGUCAUUGAGGCUUCAUCCUGCUACAGGCCUGCCCCUGGAGCGCGUUGUGCCCAAGGGAGGGGCCACUAUCAGUGGAAAUUUCUUCCCUGACGGCUCUAUUGUCGGAAUCAACACCUGGGUUCAACAUCGCAAUCAGUCUAUUUACGGCCUUGAUGCAGAUAUUUACAGGCCAGAACGAUGGCUCACCACCGAUGAAGAACAACUUUCAGUCAUGAACCGUCACUGGAUACCAUUUGGUCUUGGGUCUCGAACAUGCUUGGGCAGACACAUCUCCAUGUUGGAGAUCUCCAAGCUGAUUCCUAAGAUUGUCCGGGAAUUCAACUAUGAGCUUGAUGGAGAUUUAGCACAAAAGGGGACCGACUGGUCUACGUUCAACUAUUGGUUUGUAAAGCCAAAGGGUUUUCAGGUCAGGAUUUCUCCAAGACAUAAUUCAUAA